AUGAACUCAUUUGAUGCUGUCGUUGUUGGUGCAGGCUUUGCCGGAAUUCAUCAGCUUUAUAAACUUCGUGAGCUAGGACUCUCGGUAAAACUCUUUGAAAAGGCUCCUGAGGUUGGCGGCACGUGGUAUUGGAAUCAAUAUCCAAAUGCUGCCAGUGACUCUCCCAGCGAGUUAUACAGAUACAGCUGGGAUAAAGAAGUUUUACUAAACUACCCAUGGCCUACACACGUUGUUCCCCAAAAAGAAUCUCAGGCGUAUUUGAAACAUAUGGUAAAGCGCCACGGCUUACAAAAGCACAUGCAAUUUUCUAGGGAACUCAAAUCUGCAUCUUUUCAAGAUUCUUCAUGGACUCUCAGAUUCUCGACUGGUGAGACUGUCAAGACCACCUAUUUGAUUGCUGCCACAGGAGCGUUUAAUAAGCCCAACUGGCCCAAGAUUCCUGGGUGUGAAAGGUUCAGUGGUGAGCAAUAUCAUUCAGGAAUUUGGCCUGAGCAACGCGACCUUAAGGGAAAGCGAGUUGGAGUUAUUGGCAACGGCUCUUCUGGUGCCCAAAUCCUAGUGGGCCUUGCCAAACAAUCAGGUGCAAAACAAAUUGUUGCUUUGCAACGCGAAGCAGCAUAUGUGUCAAUAACUAUGACGAGUUUUGGAAAGGAGCUCGAAAUUAAUUGCCCUCUCGGAUAUGGCUUUAAGCCGCUAACUACUCUCACAUUCGAUGUUAGCGCAGAAGAGCGCGAGAGAGUUUACGAGGCAGCCUGGAACGACGUAAUGGCCUUCUCAUUCAUUUAUAAAACCUUCUCAGAUGUUUUAACCAGUGACGCUGCAAAUAAAGAGGUUUGCAACUUCAUUAAGCGCAAAAUAACCCAAAUUGUGAAAGAUCCUGCAAAACGUGCCAGGCUUACACCGGAACCAGAUGCGCUAUAUGCCAAACGACCUGUCUGCUGCGCGAGUUAUUAUGAGAUUUUUAACCAAGAUAACGUCGAUAUCGUGAACUUUCAGAUGACCCCUCUUGUUGGAAUUACCGAAAAAGGUAUCCAAACUGAAGAGAAGCUUCAAGAGUUGGAUGUUCUCGUUUAUGCAACAGGGUUUGAAACCGAUGGUAGUUGGGCCACAAUCGACAUUAGUGGCCCCAGCCAGACAUUGAAGCAGCACUGGGCUGAAGGAGCAACUUCAUACUUAGGAGUAAUGGAAGCGGGAUUCCCCAACUUCUUUAUGGUUGUAGGCCCUCAGUCAGCAGUUACUAACAUGCCUCCACUGAUCGAGGGCCAGGUCAACUUUAUCACAGGGAUGAUUUCCAAGGCUGAGGCUUUACAGAAAGAGAAUGAAGCAAAUAGAAAGAAAUCCAUUCUCAUUACUGCUACUCAAGAAGCGGAGGACGGUUACAUGGCAGAAUGUCGAUCUCUUGCAGAAGGAAGCAUUUAUUACAGGGAUAAAUCAUUCCUUUUUGCUGAUAAUCAUACCUCUAGGAAGUCAAGCAAGAACGGAAGGAAUGUUCUUUGGUAUUUUGGUGGCUUGAACAAAUACUUGGACAAGGUCCAAGAGGUAAUAGAUACAGACUAUCGCGGAUUUACUUUUGCGUCUUAG